AUGGAAGGUUCUUCAUUAAGCGUUCAAAUACCUCCAUUUGGUGAACAACUUAUUUCUUUAUUAAUAUUUAAAUCUAUGUCACUUGUUCCAUCGACUAAUAGAAAACAAGUAACACUCUCAGCUUUGAUCAUUAUUCAAAUGAAUUCACCACUUGGCCAUCGAUCUCCACUUAAUAUUCAAUCAAUGGAUAUGAAUGUUCAUCUUUUCUACGAAGAAAAUUCUGUUGGUAUGCUUGAUUUUUCUCAAGUUCCAAUGCAAAAACUCAAUGAAAAUACAUAUCAAACACAAUUUACUGAUAAAUGUUUAAUACUUAGUGAUAGAGGCUCAUUCGCACUUGGUUCAUUGAGUAUUAGUGAAAUUAUUGUCGAUAAUAAUAUAACAUUAGUUGGUCUUGCAGGUUUUAAUAACGUUUGUGUUCACGAUAUAUCUGUUGAUGGUGAAGAAGGCACUGCUCUUCAACUUUCUAUUAAUGUGACCAUCGGUAACCCUGGUGUAACUGACAUUAAACUACAAAACUUUACAUUUAAUAUAGUCGAUAGUGAUAAUGAGACAGUCCUUGGUCAAAUACCUAUCAAUAUAUUAUCUUUACCAUCAGGAAACAACAUUAUGACACUCACUGGUCUGCUUGCUGCAUUAAGCGAAAAAGAUUUGCCUGCUGUUGGUAAAUUAUUCUCUGCAUAUCUUAAUAUUCAAACACAAUCAAUAACACUUUUUCAUGAACUAUCUACUAAUGAGCACAAUGCUACUGCUAUGAAUUUAACAAUAAGUAGUCUAUCAAUGAAAUCAAAUCUUGAUGGUAUAGAAGCAAAAUUAAUUCAACGAAUUGAAGUUCUUAAUUUUGGUAUUGAAUUUGAUUCAAUUAUUGUUAAUAAAGAUACAUCUGUUGAACAUAAUCAAAUAACAAAUGAACUUUUAAUGAAAUUUGAUAAACAAGAACUGAUAGUUAUUAAUGAAACAGCGGUUUCAAAAUUUGCUGCUAAUCUUGUUCUAAAAAAUAAUGUAUCAAUUAUGAUUGAAGGUUCAGCUUCAGCACUUGCUAAAGUUAUUAUAGGAAAUAUCACUAUAACUAAUAUUUCUGUUAGUGAUACUUUUGAUCUUAUUGGUUAUGAUCGAUUUGAUAGUGAACUUUUAACUAUUGAUGAAAUCGAUUUAAUUAAAACAUUAUCAUCUCAUGAACUUUCUCUUAGUGUGAGAGCAAAAGUUAAUAAUCCUUCUGUGCUUUAUAUUCUUAAUGGUGGUUGUCUUUCACUUGAUUUACGUGAAUUGACAAGCGGCAUAUCACUUGGCUUAGUUAUCAUCGAUUCAUUUUAUCUUGCAACGCAAACUAAAAUUCAAAAUAUUUAUUUUGCAACACAAGAAGAUUAUUAUGCACAAUUAACACUAUCAGGUACAAUUAUAAUUUAUAAAGUUUUAGUUUCAAAUUAUGCAAAAGUUAAUAAUCAUCAUUUAUCACAUUAUAUUAUACAAAUAUAUCGAAGAUGA